GAAGAAGGAAGCCUGGGAGAUUCCCCUCAGGGUGGCAGGAGGAGGAGAGAGCGCCCGGGGUCAGAGAAGAGCCCCUUCGCCGGGCAGCCAUGUCGGCGGCGCAGGUGUCGUCCUCGCGGCGGCAGUCCUGCUACCUGUGCGACCUGCCCCGCAUGCCCUGGGCCAUGAUUUGGGAUUUCAGCGAGCCCGUCUGCCGAGGCUGCGUCAACUACGAAGGAGCCGACCGCAUCGAGUUUGUCAUCGAGACCGCUCGGCAGCUCAAGCGGGCUCAUGGCUGCUUCCAGGACGGCCGCUCGCCAGGACCGCCGCCUCCGGUGAGCGUCAAAGCCGUCGCGCUGUCGGCCAAAGAAGCGGCCGCGGCCGCGGCUGCUGCUGCUGCUGCCGCCGUUCAGGGGCUUAACCAUGUGGACGCCGCCUCCUCGAAAGCACCCUCGGGCCUAGAGCGCUACGGGCUUAGCGAGCAACGAGGCCGCUUUGAGUACCCGCCGCCGCCACCUCCAGGCAGCCUGAGUGGAAGCCAUGCGGGGCGCCUCCCCAACGGCCUGGGAGGACCCAAUGGCUUCCCCAAAGCGCCGGAUGACGGGCCGCCGGAGCUGAAUCGUCAGAGCCCGAACUCUUCUUCCUCCUCAUCCUCCAGGCGAGGAGCUCACGGCGGGCUGGUGAGUGGUCUCCCUUCUGGCAGCAGCGGGGCUCAGCUCAACGUGCCACCCAACCUCUUGCCCCAGACGCUGCUCAAUGGACCGGCCAGUUCUGGGGUGGCACUGCCCCCUCCGCGAGGCCCCCCAGCUUCCUCCUCAUCUUCCUCAUCGUCCUCAUCCUCCUCAACGUCUUCCUCAGGGGACCCGUGUGGGAAGAGGCCGGGCUCUGUGUCAAGCAGCGGGGAUCAAGAGCGGGAGCUAAAGGAGAAGCAGCGCAAUGCUGAGGCACUGGCAGAGCUGAGCGAGAGCCUCCGCAACCGUGCCGAGGAGUGGGCCAGCAAGCCAAAGCUGGUACGUGAAACCCUGCUGACCUUGGCUGGUUGCACACCCUAUGAAGUGCGAUUCAAGAAGGACCAUGCACUGCUGGGCCGCAUCUUCGCCUUUGAUGCUGUCUCUAAGCCUGGACUGGACUAUGAGCUAAAGCUGUUCAUUGAAUAUCCUAGUGGCUCUGGCACAGUGUUUUCCAGUGCCUCAGGUGUGGCCAAGCAAAUGUACCAAGACUGCAUGAAAGACUUUGGCCGUGGGCUCUCCUCAGGCUUCAAGUACCUCGAAUAUGAGAAGAAACAUGGCUCAGGGGAUUGGCGUCUCCUGGGUGACCUCCUGCCUGAGUCAGUGCGCUUCUUCAAAGAGAUGGUGGGUGCUGAUAUGCUACCCCAGCCUUACCUUGAUGCUUCCUGCCCGAUGCUCCCCACUACUCUUAUCACAUUACCCCGGGUCCCUACCUCCUCCUCUAGUGCGGGGUCAGGUGGGCCAGCCUCUAGCCGUGGGCCUGGUGGGGGAAGUAGCAGUGCAGGCAGCAGUGGUGGCAUGCGCAAGAGGAAGGCCUCUCCAGAGCCAUCGGACUCCGCAUCAGAGGGCAGCCUCAAGUUGAGUGAUGAGCAGCAGCGACAGCAGUGGAUGGCUAGCCAGAGUGAGGCACUCAAGCUUACCAUGACUGCAGGUGGCUUUGGUGGGGUGCCGCCACCUCCACCACCCUUGGGACCUCAUUCCAACCGGACCACCCCACCUGAAUCAGCCCCACAGAAUGGACAGUCGCCCAUGGCUGCACUCAUGUCAGUGGCUGAUACCCUGGGCAAUGCCCAUUCACCCAAGGAUGGCAGUUCUGUGCACUCGACCACCUCAACCCGGAGAAACAGCAGCAGCCCAGUGUCCCCUGCCUCUGUGCCAGGCCAACGCCGCCUGGCUUCCCGCAAUGGGGAUCUGAACUUGCAAGUAGCCCCUCCACCCCCCAACACCCACCCUGGCAUGGACCAAGUGCACCCCCAAAACAUUCCAGACUCGCCCAUGGCCAAUAGCGGACCCCUGUGCUGCACCAUUUGCCACGAACGCUUGGAAGACACACACUUUGUGCAAUGCCCUUCGGUGCCCAGUCACAAGUUCUGCUUCCCUUGUUCUCGGGAGAGUAUCAAGGCUCAGGGGGCAACUGGUGAAGUCUAUUGCCCCAGUGGAGAGAAAUGCCCUUUAGUAGGUUCCAACGUACCUUGGGCAUUUAUGCAAGGGGAAAUUGCGACCAUUUUAGCUGGGGAUGUGAAAGUGAAAAAGGAGAGAGACCCUUGAAAUCAAAACAGCAAAUCCAAUGCUGUUCAGCCAUCUGAAGAUGUAGAAUUGUGAAUAUUCAAAACACAUGGGACAAUACUACAAAAAGUUUAGUCUUAUGUAUAGAUCUUAUUUUCGUCGUAUGUUUCUAUAUUUUGAAACAAAGGUAUGUACCCUUCUUCAUUUGAAGGAUAGAGCUGUUCUUUUUUGUUUUGUUUUGUUAAAACAGAAUAUAAUAUUGUUUGGUCACCAUAUAAUACCUGUUUCUCAUUUCCUUGACAGUGUGUUGGCUAGGUACAUGGUUAAAUAACCUUUAGCAAUUACCUGCUGCUGGUGUGUAUUUUUGUAAAUGUAUGCACUUCUCUAAAAGAAAAAGAAAAUACCCUUUUUGUUUGCCAGGGCCAGUGUCAUGCCUAAAAAAAUGCUACAAAAAUGGUGACAGCUUAUGUUUUACAGCCCCAGAAUGUUAGUAUUUCACUUUUUCUUUUCUUUCCUGUUUUUAUUUCUUUUUAUUCUUUUGCAACAUGGUAGGGUAAUUUAGGAGAGACUUUUUUGUUGCAACUUUGUAAAAAGUUUCAUUUUUUUCUAUUGAUCUGAGAAAUUUAAAUCAUGUUUUUGUUUUGUUAAUUGUUUUUGUUUUGGCUUUAUUGAUGCACGGAAGCUUUUUAACACUAGAGCAAAAUUGCUGUAAAUGGAAAACAUGCUCUGUUUGUCCUUUAUACAUUUCUGUAGUUAACAGAACACUGUAAUGUGCCUUGGAGCUUAGUAAAUUGUAAUAAAUUCAAUUGAUAUUAAUAGUUCCUGAGUAAGGUUUUUUUUUUUGCCCAGUGCAUAAACAACAGAAAGGACAAAAUGUGCUGACCUUUUUGAAUACCCUUAAUUCUGUCACAGGUCUUUAACUUAUUCUGUGCCAUUUGUACACACACUUACUCUGUGCCAUUUGUACACACACAUUGAGCUUAUCUAGACACUGGCACUGUGCCUACUUACAUUUCACCUUUUAAUAUUACAGGACAGCUGCUGACUAAGCAUUUUCUUGUUCUCUGUCUCUCUCUCUCCCUGUCAUUUCCCCUUUUAAUUCUACAGCUGUAAGGAUUUUGUUAUAUAUAGGCUUUUAAAAAAGAGAUGCACAGGGAGAUAACAUCCUCCCUAGGUUUAUUCAGAAACAGUCCCAAAUGUAUGGAGUAGGAUUUUUUUUUUAUUUGCUGUUCAAGUCUGCAGUCAUGUAUGCUUCUCUGGAGUAAGCCCCAUGACAUAAGUUAGAAAUUACUUCUGAAGAAACAGGUACUAAAUUGGAUUGCAAUUUGUUAAGGUCUUUUUCAUACAAAAACAUGUAACUAUAAGACUAUAAAUAUUUGUUUGACACUAAAUCUAUGUUCAGUUUUACAUUUAUGCCCUAGUGAGCAUAUUUAAGAUUACGUUGUGUAAGGGAGCAUCCAAUGACUUUUGCAAUUAAUAACAACCAAAUCUUAUUUGGGGAGGGAGAUUAGAGAGGGUCAGAUUAAAGCAGCAUGUGUUUUAAUACAAAACUUUUCAUCUUAAAAAGAUUGAUUUCCUUACACAUGCAGGUAUAGAACGUCAAUGGUUGCCUCCUCCACCCCCUAAAAUAGUUACUAAUUGCAGACCGAUUAGACUGAACUGUAUUCCUCCUGGCAGUGUGGUUGAAUGCAAUUAUUCUUUUUAUUACAUUUACAGAAGUGACAUUUGCAUUUUCAUGAGAUCUGGGUGUGGUACAAUGCCUGCUAGUUGAUCAGAUCAACUGGGAGAAUCAACACACAGGCCCCUCUAGCUGGAAAUGCAAACAAACAGCACAUUGUUGAUGUUUCAAUGCUUUUGUAGUAUGAAUGAAGAGGUGGCCUCAGUCCAUUGUACUACAGGUUACCAGCAGCCAGUAGCAUUUACACAUUUGGCCCAUUGAAAAACAGAUGGGAGGAGGCAUUUUAAAACAACCCUCUUGGCCUUUGGGCUUGUAUUUGGUGUGAGUACUACAGUUUCUAUUCAGGAUGGGAGUAUAAAUAAAGCUACGUUUGUUAGGGUUGUGCUAUGCAUCUGGAUUUCAACAGCCGAGUAUCUUCACUAUUUUGAGAUUUGCUUGUCAAUACAGGCUGCAGUUUGGAAUGAAUACAUGUACAAUACAUAUUUUUUGUUUUUAAAAUAAAGUUCUUUAAGAUGGCA